AUGACCGAAGGCGGCAAGAGAGCGGCAUUGUUCAAGGGAUUGUCGCGUUUGACGAACGCCGUCCUGGAAAAAACCGAAUUGAAAGCAAAAACAGAAUAUGUCUUUACAUCAGUUAAAUCCAAAGCAGGAAGAGUUCUGGAAGAAGCGCGUCGUCGGUCGUCUAAAACGGAUCUGGUGGUUAAUGCUUUGAAGCAUAAAUCAUCGAUUGUUGCAAGUUCUUUGAAGGAACAUGUCCUCAAGGGGGAGAUUGAUUUCUCGUUCAUCACCGGGAAAGUGUGCGUUAUGGCGAUUCCUGUGGAAGGAGUCGAGUUCGCCUACCGAAGGCGAAACAGGAGCGAAGAAGUCGCCAAAUUUCUGGAGCAUCAUUUCGGAGAGCGUUACCUAAUCUUCAAUGUUGACGCAGACGAAAAAACUAUCAAUGUGGCUCGGUUUGGAUUUCGAGUGCGCGACUUCCCCGUUACUGCGCAGGGUGGAAACAUUUUUCUGCUGCACCUGGUUCAUUCACUGUGUGGCGUUAUGUAUGAUUACUUGGAAAAGAAUCCGCUUUCGAGUGUCAUCGUUACGUGUGGCGACGGAAUAUCAUUAUGUUCCAUUGUUGUGCCAUGUUUCCUGUUAUAUGCUGGGGUGGCCGAAACUCCUGCGGAGGCGAUAGGGAUGUUCCGGUUGAAGCGAGGGAUUACUAAAUCACUGUCGCCGACGCACGCGAGGUAUCUCAAUUAUUUCGGCCGAUUGGUGAAACGUGAUGUUCAGUCGCACGGUCGGCGAUGUUACAUAGAACAGAUGAAAAUGAGACCGGUCCCUACGUUCAGUUUCAUGAGGGAUGGAUGUCGUCCGUACGUGGAGGUUUGGCAAGGGGAAUCGCUGGUUUUGACGACCAUCAAUGAUCAUGACUGCCUGGAGUUCUAUUGCAUUGAUUAUCGUUCGAAGGCCACUGUUGUGACCGGUGAUGUGACGAUAAUCCUCUACCAUGCGCGACGUACCUUGCAAACGUCGGCUGCGUCUGGUGUUCGUAACUUUAAACAAAUUUUGGAUCCUGGUCCAAUCCGAGACGAGUUUACUGGGGGAGACUUAGACUCUGAUGCGGAUUGGACUAAGCUGUCCGGAGAGUUCACAGUGCUGUUGAAGUUGAAAUCUGAGCAAGGUAGUUCGCCCAGCGCGUAUACCAGCGCUCCGUGGGAAAGCUGCGACUCCCCCAAGUCCCCAACAGUUUUAUUCUCCGUCGCGAGAGAAUUGGAUUCAUUGAAGGAAAGAAUGUCCUGUUGGAGUGGGCCUUCUUUCCUUAAAGACUGCGAGCACUUCGAUGACGAUGCGGCUCCCCUUAUAGGCGAUGUCCCGAAGAAGAGGUACGCUUCUGCUCCUAGAGGACAAGGUGAUGCUUUUAGUUGUCAGUUCUCUGAUCUGGAUGAUUCCGAUGUGGAUGCCGACGCAUCGAAUUUAAACAAAAACGACGCUCGGAACUCUGGUUCUUUCGUCCAGGAAGAACGGGCUACCCUUAAUGCAUCGCUCAAGGUGCAAAAAACGUUUAGCCGAGAGUUCAAGGACGUACGACUCAUUUCUCUAGAUGAAGAGCCGAGCGCAGUCAAACUUGACCCGUAUUCGGCAAAGGCGGAUUCCGUUGAAGACGAUGACGACGAUCUUCUGAAUUUGCAUGAUGACCCUCCUGGUGGUUUUCGUCUGGUGGAUGUUGAUUCUAUGGGCGACGGAAGCGAAGCCUUAAUCAAAAUUAAUGCAGACUUAGGAACGUCGGCGUCCAUGACGCGUGAGGAUGUGUUCUCCUUCAACAUGCCUGCAGGUGAUGCUUCACCUCCAAUGGAUUACCAGUGUCCCGAGAUCAGUUGUGGAAUAUCUGAAAGUCUGGAAAUCAAAUCUAUCUCAGCUGCCCCGGACCAUAAUUUUGCUUUUGAUCCAAUCGCAGAGAAUUUGGACGAUGCUUCUCUACGUAUUGAGGCGUGGAAACGCGGGAAAGAGACGAACAUCAGAGCGUUGAUUGCAUCAGUGCAUUACGUUUUGCCUCGUGGAAUCAAUUGGCAUCCUGUCAGCUUGUUCUCCGUGUACAGUGAAGCUGAAUUGAAGCGACAUUACAAUCGAGCAUGUCUGAUUCUGAGCCCGAAUCGAUCCUUGUUCGAGCCUGUAAGCUGUACGUACACGUAUUUGAUAUGUGAUCUGGACUCAAAAAAAGCCGUGUUGGUCGAUCCCGUGCUGCAAGAAGCAGUUCGAGAUAGGAAUCUUAUCAAAGAACUUGGCGUUGACUUGAUUUAUGCAGCCAAUACUCACGUGCAUGCGGAUCAUAUUACCGGCACUGGCAAACUCAAAGAACUUGUGCCGACGUGUAAAAGUUUGCUGUCCCGUGCCAGCGGUGGUGAAGCGGAUGUGCUUGUUGAUCAUGGAGAAGUCAUCGAGGUCGGCAAGUUGCAGAUUGAAGUCAGAGCGACCCCUGGGCACACAAAUGGAUGCGUUACAUACGUGCUGCAUGAUCAGCGAUUGGCGCUAACGGGCGAUGCUUUGUUGAUUCGAGGCUGCGGACGUACGGAUUUCCAACAGGGCGAUAGCAGCAAAUUGUACGAUUCCGUGCAUCAGAAAAUUUUCACGUUGCCAGAGGAUUAUCUGCUUUACCCAGCGCAUGAUUAUCGAGGGAUGACUGUUACCACUGUAGCCGAAGAGAAGAAAUGGAACCCCAGGUUGACCAGGCCUCGGUCAGAAUUCAUUCGUUUGAUGGCCAAUCUUAAUCUACCAUACCCUCGAAUGAUCGAUUUGGCGUUACCAGCGAACUUGGCUUGCGGUAUGCAUCACGUUCCAUCGGAAAUCGACUUCUCUACGAAGUAGGCGUCUUAUUUUAAACAAACACUCAAUAUUCAAUUAACUUGAGGACUUCGGAAAAUGCCCGGACCCAUGCAACAAAUCAAAACCCCUUUUUCGAAUUCGGAGGAAUAUUUGAAGAAUAUUAUCAUUCACAUAAUGGUCGCCUCAUCAACACCAGUAUUCAGCUAUCAACAAACUCAUCAACAAGUUCAAAUGAGAGGGAAAGAAAAGGAAAACACGUCCCAUCCCACCGGAAAUUUUUGGCGUAACAUGGGAACAACGUUCGCGAUCCUGAAAGACAAUCUUACGCAAGGAAAACCUUUGAAAAAUAAACCCGUCGCAUAUCGAGUGGUACAGCACCAGCAGCUAUACUCAAAAAGGCCCUUUUUGCCUCCUCGUUUGUAUCGGCUAAUGAAGUUCUUCUCUGCGUUCGGUUUACGAAACCUCCUGCAUGCUAAUACUUGCUGAAUAUUCGAGUAACUAUCGAUUGCGGUGCGUAACCGGAUUCAACUCGGUGGAAUCCGGAUGCUGAUCACUGCUCGCGAUGCGAGGCUUUUUCCCUGGUUUCUGUACGAGUACCAUGUGAUCGGCGUUCGGUGUUUCUGGAUCCAGGCAUAUUUGAAUUAACACACAAAUCUCUCGCGAGUCGCAUACGCUGUUAAGGAACGUGUUGCGGGAUCAGUUCCGACCGACUUUCCAUUCGAAACCGUUUUGGAUCCUGGAUUUACCGCCUCAUAAGUUGACUUGGAAUCGCCCGAUGAUUCACUUGUACAUCAGCGUUUGUGAAUCUUGAAGUUUCUUUCCCGCAUCAUGUCACCGUAUCGAGUGUUGUAUCUGGAAAUUCAACGAAGAGGACUUCGACCUUUCUAAAGUUAUUAUCUUGUUGUGAGUCGUUUAUCAAGAGUUCCAGUGGAAAUGGAGUAGGUAAAUUAUCGUAUUUUCCGGCGAUGAUGAGUUCUCUCGAGGAAGAGGUAGAUUUCGAACGCCGGAUAUCGACGUUUUCGACACGAAGCACUAAUCAUCGGCAUUUCCGCCUUGCAUCAAGUUUCUCCUCAGUCACCGGUUGGCGAUUCCGCACUGCACACGUCGAUCGUAGCUUUGUCACCGUCUGUCACCGUUAGCACCAUUUCGUUUGACAUCGGGUUCGCGAAGCUUUUUGAAAUGGAAUGCGCUAUCUGGGCGUGGCUCAUCCCUGAAAAAAAAGUCGAAGGGUUCAUUUUCAAAACAUUUCAGGCAAUCGUUGGGUUGUUCUCAUAAUUCUUGCUGCUGAAG